CUUUUUUUCAGCUCUCUUCUCUCUGUUCAAAAACUUCAAUUUAUACCAAAAAAGCCAUUCAGCAAAUCGCAAACAAAAAAUCUAACGACAAAAAAACAAUGUUCUUCUUCUUCGUAGGAGGGCUAGAGCAGCAGGCGAGACAGGUAUUGAAGAGCGGGGUAGGGAGGUGUAUAGCGUGCGGAUCACGUGCUGACCUCGUCGACUACGAGAAGGUUCUGAAGCUCUUCUUUGUUCCGGUAUGGAGAUGGCCGGGGAAAGAGCCGGUGAUGUACUGCAACGACUGCAAACUUUUCUUCCCGCAAUCUCUAACUCCUCCGUCAUCCACGGCCGAUGUCCCGGAAGUUCUCAAGUGUCAGUUCUGUCGCCGGGAAGUGGAUGGCGAAUUCCGAUUCUGCCCCUUCUGUGGUAAUGCACUGUGAAUUUCUGAUAUUUAAUAGGCGCUUCAGGAUUUGAAUUCGUGUAUAAAUGUUUGUAAUUAUGUUCUUUCUUGUAAUAAGUUUGAGUUUGAGGAAUAAUUUUGUUGUCCUGUUUUGAUAA